AUGGACUCCUGUGUGAUACCUCUUAGACAUCGGGGACUGUCCCUGGUUCAGACCACAGACUUCUUUUAUCCAUCGGUGGAAGAUCCCUACAUGCAGGGACGCAUUGCCUGUGCCAACGUGCUGAGUGACCUGUAUGCCAUGGGGAUCACCGAGUGUGACAACAUGUUGAUGUUACUUAGUGUCAGUCAGAAGAUGACGGAGGAGGAGAGGGAGAAGGUCACACCCCUCAUGAUAAAAGGCUUUAAAGAUGCGGCUGAAGAAGGAGGCACAUCUGUAACUGGCGGCCAGACGGUGGUUAAUCCUUGGAUUAUCAUUGGUGGAGUGGCUACAGUGGGUUUGCCAGUCAAACGAAUUCAUCAUGCCACAGAACGCAGUUCCGGGGGAUGUCCUUGUGCUGACGAAACCUCUAGGCACACAAGUGGCUGUGAAUGCACAUCAGUGGUUGGAUAAUCCUGAGCGCUGGAAUAAGAUCCGUCUAGUAGUGACCAGAGAAGAUGUGGAGCUUGCAUAUCAGGAAGCUAUGUUUAAUAUGGCUACCCUUAACCGUACAGCUGCAGCUUUGAUGCACACUUUUAAUGCCCAUGCUGCCACGGAUAUCACUGGAUUUGGAAUCUUGGGCCAUGCACAGAACCUAGCACAACGACAGCACAGUGAGGUCAGCUUUGUUAUCCACAAUUUGCCCAUUAUAGCCAAAAUGGCUGCCAUCACAAAAGCCUGUGGAAACCGAUUUAGUUUACUUCAAGGAACAUCAGCAGAGACAUCUGGGGGCUUGCUCAUCUGCCUUCCCCGAGAGCAGGCUGCUCGCUUCUGUGCAGAGAUCAAAUCGCCAAAGUAUGGAGAGGGACACCAAGCAUGGAUUAUUGGCAUAGUGGAAAAAGGAAACCGGUCGGCCCGGAUUAUUGAGAAGCCACGAAUCAUUGAGGUGACUCCAAGAGGAGCUGGGAGUAGUGAUAGCAGCAGCACUACACAGAGCUUUGAUGGACAAUGUUAA